UGCGCGUACGCCCCGUGCCCCCGUGUGCUACGACGGUGGGGAGCUGAUAGCGGCCGAUAUUCUGUUUUCGUUUCGUUGGCUCCCGAGUCCCGGUUCUGGUCGUCACUCGUCAGAAAGAACCAAACGGUUACCGGAUUCGCAUGUACCCGCCGCGCCCCGCUUGCAGUAGUAGUUGUCGCCGUCGAUAGUAAGUUGUGUUGUGACUUGUGACUUUUGAUAUUAUGUCCGGACGGCCAACGACAACGGAGGACCAAUCUCAGGUAAAACCAACAGCAGACCGGCGCGCGUACAUCGAUACCAGGUUACCUGGUAUUCGACGCUGAACGGUCGACGUGCCUACCGAGUACCGACAGCAGUAGUCAUAGUGGCAGAAGUCGUUUCACUGUUAUAGCGGUGCGAUUUGUCGGACUGUCGUGGUCACUGUUUCGGUACACCGUCCUUAAAUUAUUAGCUUUCCGAUGAUGCCGGUGUAUAUGUUUUGAACUCAUCGACAGCAGACCCGCGGACCCCGACGACGGAAUACAGGGAACAGGGAAGUACGACUGUCUGUUGCCAACAUGCUCAAGUUCAUCCGUGGCAAAGGCCAACAGCCCUCAGUUGAGCGGCAAAAGAUCCAAAAAGACUUGUUCGCCUUCAGAAGGACUCUACAGUAUGGGUUUCCAAAUAAACCAACAGCACUUUCGUGGGAUCCAUUAUUACGUAUUAUGGCAAUUGGAACUUCAACUGGAUCAAUUAAAGUGUUGGGUAAGACUGGUGUUGAAUUCUAUGGUCAUUUGCCGUGUUCCGAUCAUGCAAUCACAAAGUUAAUAUUUGUACCAAAUCAAGGUCGUUUGGUGUCAUUGUCUGAUGAUAAUAGUCUUCAUUACUGGGAAAUAAACGACAUGGCCAUUGAUGAAGUUCAAUCAUACUUAUUAGAGGGAAAGCUUAAACAAAUAUCGUCCAUGUGCUUGGAAUCUAGUUGUGAAAACUUACUACUUGGAACUGAAGGAGGAAAUAUAUUUUUUAUUGAUUUGUCAACAUUUGAAUUGUCAGAUAACAUUAUUUAUCAAGAUGUUGUGAUGCAGAAGGUUUCAGAUGAGUAUAAAAAGAAUCCUGGUGCAGUUGAAGUUAUAGCAGAACAACCAGGAAAUCAAAAUCAUAUUUUGAUUGCCUAUAGUCGGGGACUAAUUGUUUUAUGGGAUCGCUUAAAUGCAGUUGCUGUAAAAACAUUUGUAAGUAGUCAACAAGUAGAAAGUGUAUGUUGGGAAGAAAAAGGGGAAAGCUUUUAUUCCUCUCAUAAUGAUGGGUCUGUAACACUUUGGAAAAUAAAUGAAUCAUCUGAUGAAAAUGAAAACACUAAAACAAUUUAUGGCCCAUUUCCGUGCAAACCAAUCUCUAAAGUAGUUUGCCAACAAUCUGCUCAAGACCUCAACGAACAAUUUCUUAUUUUUUCUGGUGGUAUGCCACGGGCAUGCUAUGGUGAUCGCCAUGCAGUUACUGUUCGAUUGGGAACUACAAAACAUGUAGCUUUUGAGCUUACUUCAAAAGUUAUUGAUUUUUUCACAACUACUGCUUCAGUUGAUGAAAAAGGCUGUAGCUUCCUUAUAAUUUUGGCAGAAGAAGAAAUAGUCUGUAUUGAUUUAUCUACUGAAGAUUGGCCGUUAGUUCAAUUACCUUAUCUUGUUUCCAUUCAUGCAAGUGCUAUAACGUUUACUACUUUUGUUUCUGAUUUAAACGAAGAUCUUUGGAGUAAUAUCAUUGCCAUUGGAAAUUUACAAAAUGAAAAUAACUUUUCUUCAAAUGAAUGGCCAGUUGAUGGCGGUGAAGCGAAUAUUGAAGAGGAGCAAAGUAGAGAUCUUUUAAUAACUGGCCAUGAAGAUGGUUCUGUAAAAUUGUGGGUUGCAAAUGCAACUCCAUUACUCCCCAUACAUGUAUUCAAAUCAUCAUGGGUGUUAGUUGGUGAUGAUGCUGAUAACCAUUCUAGUAAUAGUGUAGCUCCAGAAGAAGAUGAAGAAGAAUGGCCACCAUUUAGGAAAGUUGGAAAUUUUGAUCCUUAUUCUGAUGAUCCUCGAUUAGCAAUUAAAAAAGUUAUUCUUUGUCCUCGAACUGGUACAAUGAUUGUCGCUGGUACAGCUGGCCAUGUUAUAAUUUCCAAAUUUAAUGAUCAGUCAUCUUCUAAUGAAAUAAAGGCUGUACAAAUGAAUGUCGUUGGAGAAAGUUUUGUAUGGAAAGGUCAUGAACGUUUAAGUUUAAAACAGACUGGAGAUGAAGCUAAUAAUAAUAAUGGAAAAAAUAUGACUUGUCUUACAUUUAAAGCUGGAUUUCAACCUACAUCUGUUUUACAAGUAUAUCCUCCUGCAUCAAUUACAGCUGUUGCUUUACAUUCAAAUUGGUCUUUGGUUGCUGCUGGUACUGCCCAUGGCUUAGUACUUUAUGAUUACUAUCGACAAGCUCCCGUUUUGACAAAAUGCACUUUAAAUCCUAAUGAUUUGUCCACUGCUGGAGAUACUCCUAUUUCUAGGAGAAAAUCAUUUAAAAAGUCUUUACGGGAAUCAUUUAGAAGACUACGAAAAGGAAGAAAUUCUACCAGAAUAGUAAAUGAUAAAAAAGGAGCAAGCAUUACACCUGACAAAAAACGAGAAAAUACUGGACCAAUAUCUCCAAUGGAAGCACGACCUGUUGAACGAGCAAUUGAAGCCAGGCCAGUUGAUGAUGCAUUGGGAAGUAUGGUCCGUUGUUUGAGUUUUACGAAAACAUUUAUUGUUACUGCUUCACAUAUUACUCCGACAAUGUGGGCUGGUACCAACAAUGGUUCUGUGUACAUUUUCACUAUAAGUAUACCACCAAAUGAUAAACGAAAAGAAAGAAGAGUCACUGCACAACUAGGAAAAGAAGUUCAGUUAAAACACCGUGCACCUGUUAUUGGAAUUACUGUGAUUGAUGCAGAAAAUCGCUCAGUCACUGAAGUUCAAGAAAUUAGCACUCCGGGUAAACCUUUAGAUAUAUGUGGUCCCCACAAGGUCAUUAUUGCAUCGGAAGAACAAUUUAAGAUAUUUUCCUUGCCUAAUUUAAAACCUGUAUGCAAACUUAAAUUAACUGCAGCUGAAGGUGCUCGAGUUCGCCGAAUGUCAAUGGCCUUUUUUAAAACUAGUGAUUAUGCAGAAAGCUGUCUCCUCUGUCUAACUAAUUUAGGUGAAGUAAUAGUACUUAGUGUACCAGACCUUCGAAGGCAAAUACAUGCUGCAGUUAUUCGUAGAGAAGAUAUCAAUGGUAUUUCAAGCUUGGCGUUUACACGUUAUGGUGAAGCUUUAUAUUUACAUUCAAGUAGUGAACUGCAACGAAUUUCUGUGUCUGCAACCAGUGUCACGCAAGUUGAUUGUUCUUUGAAUUUACCUAUUAGAGAUCGACCAUCAAAUAGUCGAUCCAUUACCCCUAUUAAUGGUUACACAGAUGAUGAACAAGAUGAUUUUCCAAAAGUAAAUGGAUUAACAAAUGGUUCUCAAGAAAAUGGUGAUAGUAAUUCACAACUAAACAAUAGCAAUGAUCUCUCAGUCGGUGAUAUUACCAUAGAUUCCAUUAAAGACCACUUGGGAAAUUCAAAUACUAAUCUAAAUGUAACAUCAACAUCAAAUAAUGUUGAUAGUAAUAAUCAUCAGAAAACAGUCACUAAACAUGAAUUGUCCACUACUACAACCACUGUGAAAACAUCAAAUUCUACUACAGUUAUUACUAAUGAAACCAUCACGGUUGACAAUAUAUCCACAAGUUUAGUUGUAGAAGAUGAUCCAUCAACACAGUCCAACUUUGAGAUACAUAGGGCUCCUCUAGCUCUUAUGGAAGACCUAGAAGUAGAAACAGCUGCAUAAUGUGAUAACUAAUGACGCGUGCAAUUGACACAACAUUAACUCAAUGUUUAUAUAAUUCACGCCAUAUAUUUUGAUAAGUUUAAAGUUGAAGUCUUAAUAUUUAUUAUAGUUAUUUACUACUAACAAAGAAAAAAUUGAUUAAUAUGACUCAACAUUUAUGUUGUACCUGUUAUUCAGGUAAUAUUCUGACAUAGCUAUCACAUCUUUUAUAUUUUUUUACUCUUACUAAUUUAAAAAUUAAACUAAAUAAUAUAAAAAUGGCACUUCAACAUUCCUAACACAAAUUUAUUAAUGGUGCCUUAGUUAAGCAAUAAAGAUAAUAAACCAAACACUAUUUUAAAAUUGAUAAAAAUACUAUUUUGUGACAAAUUUUUUGAAAUUUUUAAUUUUGAUAAAAAUAAUUAACUAUUUGUUGUGUUGUUUAAAUUAAAUUCUAUUUUGUCAUAAUAUGCACUAAAUUCAAUAUAUUUUUAAGCUCCUUUAAACUGAAGUAUAUUUAUGAGAUUAUCAUUAUUGAGAAUGGUUGUACAUAAAAUUUGUAUUUGUCAAAGUAAUAUUAUAUUUAAUAAAUUCAUAAUAAAAAUGUAUAACUAUUUUCAAAUAAAAUUUAUUUAUUUUUUUAUGUAUUAUUAUUAAUUUAAUAUUUUUAUAAGGUAAUGAAAUAUUGAAUUUUAUAUUGUAUUUAUAUUUUACAAUUGUGUCAUGUAAAAUGAAAAUUUACUUCAGAAACAUUCCUUUCAUGUACGUAUUAAAAAUUUUGAUUAUUUUUAAAAUAAUUCAUUGUUAAAAUUGUUGUUUUGGUCCAUAAAUUUGCAGUGUUUCUAAUUUAAUUUGAUUGUGAAUUUUUUUUCUUUAUGAUAUGUUGUAAAAAUGUUAUAUAAAGAUAAGAUCUCUUACAAUAUUGUGGAGUUUUCUGAUUCUAUUAUUUUUUUUCUAAUUACAAAUUUUGUUUGUAUAUACUUUAGUCAAUUAUUUAUUAUAAUUUUUUACUUACUAAACUAAUAUUUUAUGUCAUAGAUCAGUUUGUAUGUGUAUUUAAUUUUUUAUAUAAUAGAUUCCACAUGCCGUUUUUGGUUAAAAUACCAUUUAUUAUUAACUUUUAUACAUUAUACAUAAUAAUAUAGUAACUAUAUAUAUUUUUACAUGAUUUUUUUAAUGUUUAAAUUGUCUUUUAUGUGUUUAUUUUUAUAUUUAUUGAUUACUUUGUAAUUGCUUCAAACAUCCACUUAAUUGUUGUACAUCUUUGAUAAAUCUUUCUGGCCCUUAAACUAGAAUUAAUUAAAUAAAUAUAACUUAUUAACUAAACAUUUUUGGUUAGAAAUGUUAAAGGUGAUGGUUUGUACUAUAGGUUUAAUAUUAAUAGUUUUUAAAACAUGUUUUGUAUUUAAAAACAAAUUUUAUAUAACCCAUAUACUUUGUAAACACCAAUUUAUUAUAAUACAAUUUGUAACCUUUU